UUCCAGCCUAUCCAGGUUUACCUCCAUUCGCCACACAAUAAUGUCAAGCAGAGCAUUGUCACUGACGCGAUUCAGACCUACUCUCUCUACGCCUUCCAUCCAACGGUCGGUUAACUUGUCGUUUAGACAUAACAGAGCGAUUCUUUUAGGAACAACAAAGCGAUUCGCUUCCUACGGAAACUAUGGCUAUGGCAAUGAAUAUGAUUCUUUUGGAAACAGCGGAGUGUCUGGAGGAUGGGGUACUAGUCGUAGAAGUCUUCCACGUAACACGAUAAUCAAAUUUGUUCCCCAACAAGAAGCCUGGAUCAUUGAGCGUAUGGGAAAAUUCCAUCGUCUACUCGAGCCUGGUCUUAACUUCCUCGUGCCACUCAUCGAUCGUAUCAAAUAUGUCAAGAGCAUGAAGGAAACUGCAGUUGAAGUGCCAAGUCAAAGUGCCAUUACCCAAGACAAUGUCACUCUCGAGUUGGAUGGUGUUUUGUACUUCAGAGUCAUCGAUCCUUUCAAGGCGUGUUAUGGGGUUGAGGAUGCCGAGUUUGCUGUCACGCAGUUAGCACAGACUACCAUGCGUGCUGAAAUUGGACAAAUGACCCUUGAUCGUACUUUAGCCGAAAGAGCCCACUUGAACGCCAACAUUGUUGAUGCAAUUAAUGGUGCCGCCGAAGACUGGGGUAUUCGAUGCCUUCGAUAUGAAAUUCGUGAUAUUCACCCUCCUAGCAAGGUGGUCGAAUCUAUGCACCAGCAAGUUUCUGCUGAGCGUACCAAGAGAGCACAAAUUUUGGAGUCCGAAGGUGCACGACAAGCGGCGAUCAACGUAGCAGAAGGUCGUAAGCAAGCAACUAUCCUUGCAUCUGAGGCCGAAAAAGCAGAACAAAUCAACAAAGCAGGUGGUGAGGCAGAAGCAAUUCUACUCAAAGCAAAAGCAACUGCUUUAGGUAUAGAAAAGGUUGCUGAAGCCAUUGGAAACAAUAACGGAAAUGAAGCAGUAUCUAUGUCAGUUGCUGAAAAAUACGUGGAAGCCUUUGGCAAGAUGGCUAAGGAAGGUACAACUCUUAUUGUUCCCGCUACUGCUAACGACGCCGGUUCUAUGGUUGCUCAGGCAUUGUCGGUGUACAACACUAUUAACAAGGCAAGAAUACCCAGUCGUCAAGCCUCCAACUCAUAUGUAUCAGCAGCCGAAAAGAUGAAGGAGGAGACCACUCGCGACUUCGUUAAUGCAGCUAAAAAGAACCCUGAUAAUUUAGAGGAUCAGUAGUAAAUAUCCAAAAUAAAAUGGUUAAUUGCGAAGCCAGCGAGUACAGAUUGUAAAAAGUUCUCCGAAAAUUUCCCAACUGGAAUACGGUGUCGCCCCCUUUUCCAACAAGCC